CGAACAUCAUAUCGCCGGACCUUUCGAACUUUCCAAGUCUCAGUUCAACCACCUGAUCACGCACUACCUGAACAGCGCGAUUCCCACGAACAACGACUGCCCGUACGAAGUCAGUACCUCCCGCUCGAGCGCCAGCUUCUGCGCAUCGCCGUAUUGCAUGGGACGCCCAUAAGUAAUGGCGAUAUCCGGAUGGGGAGUGUUUCUCAUUAUCCUCGUUUUUGCAUUGAUAGCGGCAGCAGGAGGUUAUGUUGGCUACACGAGAUGGCGAGCCAAUCGCCUAGGCCUCCCACCACCGCCGCUGAAUCCAUUCGCGAAGAAACGAGAGGACCCAACAUAUAGAGCGCCUGCGCCGCGUGCCGGCGGCGUGCAAGGCUGGGUUAUGGACAAGUGGCAUGCGCUACAGAAUAAACGCACACCAGGCGGAUCAUACGAAAGCACAGCCGGCUAUGGCGGAGCACCACGAGGAGGGCGGAGAGGCUUCGGACCUCUAGAUCCAGACGAAGCGUGGGAUGCGCGCGUAGACAACGAGGCCUCAGGCUACUACGAGGAGCAGGAAUUGGGCCUACAGGAUCCCGCACAAGGACCAUACGGAGGACACGGCUACGCCGAGAACACUCAUAUCGGAAUUGGUGGUCUAGAAGCUGGACGAGGGCGCAGUCGAUCAAGACAACGAGAGCUGGACGACCGCUACGAUGAGGAAGUUCACGGAGGAGGAGCAGGCGGAUCACAUCUCAACCCAUUCAGUGAUGGUGCGGAGCAGAGUAACAUGAGCAUGCGUAGUGUCAGUCCGAGACCUGAUACUGAUACCUCCUAUCACGGCGGCAAGAGAGGCGUGAGCGCGCACAAGAAGAAGUCAAGCACAGACGACAGCCCCUUAGAGAGGCGGUCUAUGUUUACAGAAGACGUUUCGUAGAUUGUUGGAGUUUCCUAGUUGAAGCAGCUGGUGAUCUUAUGCUGCUGGCACUGAAAAGCAUAUGCUGGCCGCGUGUACAAGCCUUUGGACAUUACAGCGUUAUCCUAUUGUUUAUUGUACGAUGUACAAUUUCUGUAUAUGGCUAGGUAGGUA